AUGUCCGUGAUAUUUGCUUGGGAAAUUCGAGAUCGAUUGCUACAAGAAGGCGUGUGUUCCAACGACAACAUACCUAGCGUGUCUUCGAUCAACCGCGUGUUACGCAAUUUGGCGGCUCAAAAGGACCAGCAAGCACCGGCGUCCGUGUCGCCGACUUGCAACAGCACGGACGCCGUGUACGACAAGCUGAGACUGUUGAACGGUCAGGCGGCGGCGGCCGGCACAUGGCCCAGACCCAAUCCUUGGUACCCACCAGCAUCUGGCGAUAACCCGUUCGGUCCGCUACAACCGACCGGCAGGCUGAGUCCGAACGCCGCCAAUUGUACCGUCUUGCCCGACAUACUCGACAAAAAAGUUUUAGACUUGGACGGAGGAAUGGGAUCUGAUGAAACGUGCACGUCCAUCGGGGAUAACUCCAACCACGACGGUUCUUUGAUUGGUGGAACCACCGGAUCGGCCAACGACGACGACCAAGCGCGACUCAGACUGAAGAGAAAACUGCAAAGAAACCGUACGUCGUUCACCAACGACCAGAUUGAUAGUUUGGAAAAAGAAUUCGAACGGACGCAUUAUCCAGACGUAUUCGCUAGAGAAAGACUUGCUGGGAAAAUCGGAUUGCCGGAAGCAAGAAUACAGGUAUGGUUUUCGAACCGACGGGCCAAGUGGCGACGGGAAGAAAAACUGCGCACCCAACGGCGUCCAAACUCCAACCAAAACCAAUCGAUGGACCCGCAAAAUCAACAACAACAACAACAACAACAGCAGCAGCAGCAGCAGCAGCAGCAGCAACAGCAACAGCAACAGCAGCAACAACAAUCAUCUCCGAACAGGAUGAAUGGUUUUGCAAACAAUCCAGAUACCAAUCCAAACAUGUACACAACUAUCGGCAACCACGACACGUUCAGCCCGAUGUCGAUGAAUUUCGGUAUGCCCGGCGGCAACAACGAGAACGGCCUGUCGCUGCCAAUCAUGGGCGGCCACCACGCCAUGACCGGCGGCGGCGACCAGCGAGAUGCGUACGGCUGCAUGUCCAGACCCACGUACGACACGUCUCCACCGCUGGCCAUCGGCGCGCCCGGCUACCUGAGGCCGCCCGUGUCGCCCACGUCCAACAACAACAGCAGCCCGCCGACUCACCACGCGGCCGCCGCCGCAGCAGCCGCCGCCGCUGCUUACCAUCACCACCCGCCGCCCAUCAACGGACACCAUCCGCACCACCACGCGCACCACCAGUACAACAUGAACGGCUCAAACUCCACAGGUCUCAUAUCGCCCGGAGUUUCGGUGCCGAUCGCCGUACCAGGGCACACGGCCGACCUGUCCUCUCAAUACUGGCCACGCUUGCAGUGA